AGCCGCCGUUGCUAUGGGAGGCCGCAGGGCGCAUGCGCUCACUUGCGGAAGUGCCCGGAUGCAGCGGGAGGAGGUGCUGCCGCCAUAUUUGCCCGGAGAGCAGCGAGCUGGUAGCUGCUGAGCCCCCCAGACCCAUCGGCUUCCAUCCGCCCCGUGCAGUCCCCGACGCCGCCCCGCCUGCAGGACAUGGACGAUCGGGAGGAUCUCGUCUAUCAGGCCAAGUUGGCUGAGCAGGCUGAGCGCUACGAUGAAAUGGUUGAAUCAAUGAAGAAAGUGGCUGGAAUGGAUGUGGAGUUGACAGUGGAAGAAAGAAACCUGCUUUCUGUUGCAUAUAAAAAUGUGAUUGGAGCCAGAAGAGCUUCCUGGAGAAUAAUCAGCAGCAUUGAACAGAAAGAAGAAAACAAAGGUGGAGAAGACAAAUUAAAAAUGAUUCGGGAAUAUCGGCAAAUGGUUGAGACUGAACUGAAGUUAAUCUGUUGUGACAUUCUGGAUGUACUGGACAAACACCUCAUUCCAGCAGCUAACACUGGCGAGUCCAAGGUUUUCUAUUACAAAAUGAAGGGGGACUACCAUAGGUAUCUGGCUGAGUUUGCCACAGGAAAUGACAGGAAGGAGGCUGCAGAGAAUAGCUUGGUGGCUUAUAAAGCUGCUAGUGAUAUUGCAAUGACAGAACUCCCACCAACACAUCCUAUCCGCUUAGGACUUGCGCUCAACUUCUCUGUAUUCUACUAUGAAAUUCUUAAUUCUCCUGAUCGUGCCUGCAGGUUGGCAAAAGCAGCUUUCGAUGAUGCUAUUGCAGAACUGGAUACACUGAGUGAAGAAAGCUAUAAGGACUCUACACUUAUCAUGCAGUUGUUACGUGAUAAUCUGACACUAUGGACUUCAGACAUGCAGGGUGAUGGUGAAGAACAGAAUAAAGAAGCGCUGCAGGAUGUGGAAGAUGAAAACCAGUGAGACACAAAGGCCAACAAGAGAACCCAUCUCUGACCACCCUUCCCCUUCCCCACAAAAACCCUCAGUGUCACUCUGAGAACCACCAAAUCUGACUUUUACAUUGGGUCUCAGAAUUUAGGUUCCUGCCCUGUUGGGUUUCUUUAUUUUUAUUUUUUUUACACAGUUUAAAAGUUCUUAAAAGGCAAGAGUGAAUUUCUGUGGAUUUUACUGGUGCCAGCUUGUAGGUUCUUUAAGACACUAACAGGACUGCGUACAGGCUCUUUCAGCAUUACUGUAUUGUCUCCCGCCAGAAGUGGCGAGGUGGCCGUUAGAAGUGGAUGUUACACCUGAAGGCCGUGAGACUUGUAGGCGAGAGAUUUGUUACGGCAAGGUAGUGCGCAUGUGGUGGCAUUUUUCUUUUUUUUUUUUAUAACUGUUUAAACUGAAUUUUAUACCAAUGUUUAAACUUAAUUGGGUGUUUAGCUUGAAGUUACAGGUUGCAUUGGGACAUCUAUUGUAGUGGUUUUACUGUAUAAAAACAAAAAGUUUCCAAACUGCUGAAAUGUUGCUGAAAAUCAUGGUGCUGGUAACAGUUCAACAAUCCGUGGCUGCUCAUUCUUGCCUAUUCUUUACUUUUCCUCAAAGCAGGUUAGCAUUGAAGGUGGCAUUGAUAAGCCUGCAUGCGUGUUCAAUAUUUUUUCUUUCUCCCUCCCCUUUCCCCAUCUCCCUUCGCUCGCUCAACCUCUUUUGUUCAGUAUGUGUAACUUGAAGCUAAUUUGUACUACUGGAUAUCUGACUGGAGCCACAGAUACAGAAUCUGUAUUGUUCUUACUGAAACACAGCAUGGAAUUAACAUUAAACUUAAAUAAAACAAACCUAAAUUAAAAAUGCCAAA